AUGCCUUCUGCCGAUUUCAACAACGUUACCGCAAAGCCAGUUCUGGAUAAUGAAGAUGAAAUAGCUCGCACGAGAUGUACGAAACCUUUGGUUAAUAAUGGGAUUUUGGAUGAAUACGAACAUUCGGAUCUGACACCAGUAAUUGGAAGAGUAUUUGAUGAAAAGGUUCAAUUGAAGGAGUUUCUUUCCCAGAGUGAUACUGAGGAACUAUUCAAAGAUUUGGCGUUAACCAUCUCCGAUCGUGGUGUAAUUUUCUUCAGAAAUCAAGAUAUUACUCCUGAACAAAUGAAAACGGUUAUUGAACGAAUUUCUAGAGCAGGUGGUUCUCCUGAAUCCUCAACCCUUCACGUCCACCCCCUCACCGAACAAUCUUCCGAACUAGGCGACCAAAUCAGCGUCAUAUCCUCUGAAAAGCAAGCUAAAGGCGGCGGACUAACCCACCAACUCUCCGACGUAUCUCGGUUCGCCAGUACAGGUUGGCAUGCCGACAUCACAUUCGAGCGCGUACCUUCCGAUUAUGCCAUGUUGAAAAUCCAUACCUUGCCUGAAACGGGGGGUGAUACACUUUGGGCUAGCGGGAAUGAAAUUUAUGAGCGGUUGAGUCCGAAGAUGAAGGAAAUACUUGAGGGGUUGACGGCGACGCAUGAUGCGAGUUUCUUUCAUGAAGAGGCGAGGAGAUUGGGUCAGCCGAUUAGAGAGGAUAUGAGGGGGAGUCCAUUGAAUGUUGGGAGGGAGUUGAGUGCGGUACAUCCGGUUGUUAGGACGAAUCCUGUCACGGGCAAAAAAUCACUCUUCAUAAACCAAGGUUUCACGAGACGUCUCCACCCUCUCACGAAAGAUGAAUCGGAUCUUCUACUUCCAUGGUUGAAGAACUUGGUGCCGUUGAAUCAUGAUGCGCAGGUGAGAUGGAAGUGGAGUAAGAAUGAUGUGGCAAUUUGGGAUAAUAGGAGUAAUUGGCAUUGUGCUACUUAUGAUUAUGCGGAGGCGAGGGCAGGUGAUAGAGUUUGCAGUUUGGGGGAGAAACCAUUUUUGUAA